AAUUCGGAAUCGUGUUUUGCGAUUGCUGAGUCUCAUUAUUUAUUUGUUAAAUUAUUUAGAUUAUUGAGAUUCGAUUGUAAUAGUAAUAAAAAUGUCUAUAGCUUUAUUAUUAGAAAAGUAUGACGUAUCUUCUGAAGAUGGUCUUCAAAAAGCACUUAAUGAAAUAGAGAAAGAAGAGUCAGACGUAAAUGAUGCUUUAUCAAACGCACUAUCUAAAGCUUGUGUUCUUGAGGGAAGGCUUCGAACUACUAGUGAAGCAUGUACAAAACUGGGUGAAGUAAAAUUUGAAGCUCAGAAUGCAGCUGAUAUGGUAAACAAAACUGCAGCAUUAGCGAGAGGUGUUAGCGCUAAAGUGCGCCAGCUAGACUUAGCUAGAUCCCGAGUUGCAGAAUGUCAGCAGAGGGUAAAUGAUUUGAUAGAUCUAAAAGUAUGCAGUGCUGGAGUUGACGCUGCUAUUAAAGCACAUGAUUAUGAAACAGCUGCUGCACACAUCUCAAGGUUCUUAAGUAUGGAGCCAGCAUCAGUGGCAGCAGCUCGUGCCAGGGGAGAUGCAGAUGUACGGCAGGAUAUAACUGCUGCCGCCAAUACGUUACGAGAUCACCUUAUUAAAAAGUUUGAGGAAGCAGCGGGAAAGGAAGAUGAUGUGUCGGUAGAGAAGUUCUUUAAACUCUUCCCUCAGAUUGGCUGUGCUGAGUUAGGAGUAGAUAUGCUGAGCAAGUAUUUGGCAACACAGCUAGAAAUAAAGCUGCGUCGUUGCAGCGUUGUAUCAGGGGGCGGGGGUGAAGCAGCGCACGCCGACGCGUUGACCCGCGUACUAGAAGCGGGCGCGGCCGCUCUCGAACGUAUACGUGCGUUAAGUGCGGGUAAUGGCCCCACACUACCGGCCGCUUUGAAACGAAUUCAACCCCCAAUAUGUGCUGCUGUACGCACUGUUAGCCGCUCCUUGCUAGCUGCCCGACGAUUGCCUGAGCCCAAAUCAUCGUUGGCCGUCGAACCUGCGCUAAAUGAACUAGCGAUGGCCCAUCAGCGUAUCUACCUGUACUUUGCAUUUCUAAGAAGACGCAUUGAUUUAAGUGCUAUGGACGAAACAGCGCGUAACAUUUGUGUUGAGUCGGUGGAAAAGAUCAUAGCUGACAGUGAUAUGACAAGAACUGCCCAAGACAUCUUGAGCCAUUAUCUUACACUGGAGAGGUAUUAUUUAGAAGAAAGCGUCAGUAAGGCGCUGAAGCUGUCCACGCCGCAGCCAGGUGUCACGACUUCCAGUUUAGUGGAUGAUGUCUUCUUUAUUGCCAGGAAGGUGAUAAGACGUGCCGUAUCAACGAGUAGUGUGGAAGGUGUGUGUUGCGUGGUUAACGAGACGGGGGCUCAGCUGGAACGCGCUGCAGCCGCGCUUCGCCGCCGUUUAGCCGCGCCGCCGCCGGACCCGUUGCCGUUCCCGUCGCCGCGUCGUAACGCAGCGCACGGAAUCGUCGCCGCCGACACGGACCCGCUGUACUUUGCGCACAUGACGGAAGCGGAACAAGGAGCGGAGUGGGCGGAGCGAUUGGCGGGCGACGCUUGUGUUCUUGGCGAGCCGCUGUGCCGUGCCGCCGCCGAACACGAUAAGCUGCGCUCAUGCGCCGCGGGUUACGCUGCCGCCGCUGCUGCUUUUCGCGCGGCUGCCGCUCAUGCCCGCGCAGCUUUAAGAGCCGCAUUGCAGCAUACAACGGCACUGUGGGCGCAUCAUCUUGUCGACCCCGCAAUCGAUAUUGAAGAAGCAGAGGAAGAAGCAAACGCAUUGCCCGCGGCAUUGGACGUGCUAGCUGAGGAAGCUCGUGCGCAGUUGCCCGCCGCUGCUGACGAACUGCUCGCGGAACUGCUCACUGACUUGUUGAAUAGAGCCCAGAAAAAUUUGCUCGCAAAUAAUUAUAAUAGGGAAAGCGGCGUUUGUGUGGAGCGGCGUUGCCGUCGCGUGUGCGCAUGGGCGGGCAGCAACGCGGGCUCUGCCCGUGAGCAAGCCGCCCGUUUGGCGGCACUAGCGGGACUUCUCGCCGCCGAUCGGCCUACAGCCCCGUCCGCGCCAUUACCACCUGCCUUGGUCCGCCAAGUUCUUGCUGCCAGAACUGACUUCAAGCUUGAAGAUAUAAAGCGCCUGAAAUUAUAGGUGUUAAGAUGUACAUUCCAUGUAUAUUUUAAGUUAAUAUUGUUCUAAAAUUAUUUUAUUAAUAAAAUAUAUUAUAUACUAA